AGUUUCCAACAUUUUGGCGCGAUGGACACAUUUGAUUUCGAUUUCUUACGCGAUUUACACGCGGUUGAAUGUUAACUAACGCGCUCUUGUCAACUAUCGGUGUGACUUACUGUUAUUAGGUGUUUAUAGUGUUUAGAAUUCCAUAAAUGCUACAUCUCAAUAAGUGUUAUCAAGCAUGAUAGGAACUAUUUUGUGCUGGAUAUAUUUUUUGGUACCAACACUACUUGCAAUCAGUCAACUUGACUUACUUAGACGAAAUUUUGAUAGUGCAACAAUACCAACAGAACAAAUUAUAGUUAAAGCUUAUCAAAACCAGUCUCUGCAAUGUCCUGGAGCCAACGAGCAUUCCCUAGUCAACAGUCUACAGUGGAUCUCACUAACGCAAGACAAAAAAAUAUUAGAAUAUUCCAGAAGCUCAUUAACUGUUUACAGUGAGCAGCAUCGCAUAUCAUUAGCAAAAGAUUAUGGCUUAACCAUACAUCCAGUGGUAGCAAUAGACACAGGGGACUACAUAUGUCUCAUAAACGGACGACCUGAACCAGACGGUGUCAUCCAGCUGAGGGUUAUGGAUGUUCCUGAUCCACCAGGUCGGCCUCUAAUAGUUAGCUUCACUUCUCGAACAGUGGAUUUAUCAUGGGCAUCUCCUCAGAAUAACCACUUCAGUGCUAUUAAUCAUUAUAUAAUUCAUAGUCGAGUGGGAGAGGACGGCGAAUGGGACGACAAAGACAUAAAAACUCCAAGCAAUGACACAACAUACCAAGUUAUUGGUCUCCAUCCUUAUACAGUCUACAGUUUCAGAGUAAUGGCAGUAAAUUCUAUGGGUAUGAGUCAACCAAGUAAACCAUCGUAUUAUAUGGUCACACUUAGAGAGGUUCCUGCAGGACACGUAACUAUCACUAAUGCAAAAAACGAGUCUGCAAGUUCAGUUUACUUCAGUUGGCUGGCUCCACCGCCAGAUACGAUAUUUGGAGAAUUUCUUGGUUAUCGAAUUUCCUACAAACCCAGGACUUUGCCAGAAGAUAACAAAGAGAUCUAUCUUAGAGACCCCACAGUUACGAAUCAUCUUCUAACUCAAUUGGAACCAUGGACCCAAUACUACGUUACUGUACAGGUAUUUAAUCCAGAAGGUCUGGGACCAAACACUACCGUACUAAUAAUGACAGAUGAAGGAGUCCCAGAUAAGCCGAGAAACUUAACCAUUUUGGACUAUACUUCUAACAGCAUAUAUUUACAAUGGGCUAAUCCUCUGAAAAAGAAUGGAGUUAUUGAGGGUUACAGAGUAUAUUACAUGAAUAACAACUUUACUGAAGUUCAACCUGAUAAAAUACCCUACAAUGAACCAUUAAUUUACUACAAUUUAACUAGACUGAAACCUAUGACUGAAUACACAAUUUUUGUGAAAGCUUUUACACAAAAGCAUGAAGGCUACUCUUCAGACUCUCAAAUAGCUGUUACAGAUAUAAGUGGCCCGAGCCCUCCAAAGAUUCUAAACUUGUCUUGCCAGGCUAAUGAGACCAUUUACAUACAGUGGGAGAGACCUUCUAGUUUUUACUACUCAAUAGACUAUUACUAUGUAUAUAUAAAUUUAGGAAAUACACUUUAUGAUAACAUAACCAUUCCAACUACUAAGGACCAUUUAGAAACAACAUAUACUCGAAAAAAUGUUACUCCAAAUGCAGACUACAAAAUACAAAUCCAAGCUUCAACUAGAAGCAACCGAACACACCGACUAGUAAUGGGAAAGAUGUCAGUUCCAUCACAUAUUUAUAUCUCUAGAAACUGUGAUAAAGUUGUUGAUUACUUGUCUCAUACUACGAACGAACUAGGAGCUGGUAUACUAGCAGGAGUUCUUUGUGCAUCACUGGCUUUACUGGUAGCAGGCUUAGGAUUUCUUAUUUGGAGAAAAUGUUUUCGUGCUCCAUAUUACUACUUAGACAAUCCUCAAUGCUCUGCUGCAGCUUUAGACUGGAAUAUUACCCCUGAACCUACUGCUGAUUACACUGGACCAAUACCAGUAUCACUUUUCAGCAGGCACGUACAAGAACUACAUGCUGAUGGUGAUAUCGGAUUCAGCAAAGAAUAUGAAAGCAUUCAGAACGAAGCAUCUAAUGAAAUUAACAGCUCUGAACAUUCACAGCAUCCAGACAACAAACCGAAGAAUAGAUAUUUGAAUAUAAUUGCUUACGAUCACUCCCGUGUCCACUUACUGACAAUGAAAGGCCAGAAGAUUUCCACUUACAUUAAUGCUAAUUACAUCGAUGGAUUCCAAAUGAACAGAGCGUACAUUGGAACACAAGGACCUCUACCUUCAACUUUCGACUGUUUCUGGAGAAUGGUGUGGGAACAAAGAGUUACCAUUAUUGUGAUGAUUACCAACCUGGUUGAAAGAGGACGGAGGAAAUGUGAUAUGUACUGGCCAAAAGAAGGUACUGAAACAUAUGGAGUCAUUCAAGUGAAAUUGGUUAAAGAAGAUAUUAUGGCAACUUACACAGUUAGAACUCUUUCAAUUCGCCACCUUAGAGUCAAUGUUAAGAAUAAGAAAAAUUCACUUGCUGAGAAACUUGUUUAUCAAUAUCACUAUACCAACUGGCCAGAUCAUGGUACACCAGAUCAUCCAUUGCCUGUCAUCCAUUUUGUAAAGAAGUCAUCUGCAGCCAAUUCACAGGAUAGUGGACCAAUUGUUGUACAUUGCAGUGCUGGAGUUGGAAGAACAGGAACCUAUAUUGUGUUAGACGCCAUGCUUAGGCAAAUUAGAGCCAGAGGGGAGGUCAAUAUUUUUGGAUUCUUAAAACACAUUCGUGCACAACGAAAUUUUUUGGUACAGACAGAAGAACAAUACAUUUUUAUUCAUGAUGCAUUAGUGGAAGCUAUUGAAUGUGGAGAAACUAACAUUUGCAGAGAAACUUUUCCUAGAUACGUAUCUGUUCUUCAAAAUACUAAUACUGAUGAAAAAGAUGAAUUAUGGAAACCUCUUGAUGUACAGUUCAGAUUGGUUACAAGUUUUGUUUGCAAAGAUUUUCAUCUAGUCUCUGCUAACAAACCCGUAAACCAGCCAAAGAAUAGAUGCGCAGUUAUUUUACCAGUUGAAAGCUCCCGAGUUCAUUUAACUCCAAAACCCGGUGAAGAUGGCUCUGAUUACAUAAACGCUAGUUGGCUCCAAGGUUUCCACAGUCUUCGCGAAUUUAUCAUCACUCAACAUCCAUUUAAACACACUGUACAUGAUUUCUGGCAGAUGAUCUGGGAUCACAGCGCUCAUCUAAUUGUAAUGAUUAGUUUUAUUGACAAUUCCGAAUAUGAAGUAUUCUGGCCAGUAGGUGAUGAAAUUAUAGAAACGGAUACAUACACUUGCAAACAAACUAAUGAGGUUACCACAUCUACAUACUAUUUGAGAGAAUUUCUAAUGAAAUCCGUUCAGGAUGAUUAUGAAAUACCAGUAAAAAUGCUUCACUGUUUAAAUUGGCCUCAUCAGGUCUCUUCCAUCAAUGAGAUGUACCAUUUACCCAACUUUAUCUUGGAUAUGCAGAAAAUUCAGAAUGGACCUAUUGUUGUUGUUGAUCGUUUUGGAGGCACUGAAGCUGCAACCUUCUGUGCUUUGACUACUUUGAAAAAACACUUGAUCUAUGACAACAAAGUUGAUGUGUAUAUGUAUGCUAAAUUAUACCACAAUAAAAGACCUGGAAUUUGGAUAUCUAGUGAUGACUACAUGCGGCUUCAUCUCUGUGUACAAUCACUAUGCAACCCUCCAGAACCAGGAAUAACAGAAGUAACUCCCGACUUAUAUGCAAUGGCCAAUGGAACCAUUAACAAUGGAUCAGUAUCUACAGAUUGUAUCCGAAUACCUCCAGAAGAAGCUCUUCUUGAUACUAUGGAUCUUUUGAACGAUAAAAGGAAUUAUUAAUUGUGAUAGCUGAUAUUUGAAGUUAACAUAUGGUAAUACGAGCAACAAAACUGUGGUUUAAUGUUUGCUUUGGAUUUAAUGUUGAUAUUUAAAGCUAGAACUUACAUGUGAAUUAUUUUCUGAAUAUUUUAAUUUAUCCAUACACUUAGGUAAUUGUGAUUUUUAUAAUAUAUUUAUUUAUUUACUUGUAUUAAACUUAUUUUUAUGUA